GAAGAUGUAGUGGGACUUCAGGGCCGACUUAGGCUCACGCGUGAACUCACUCGCUCUCCGAUCACCUCCAAGAACCCGGCUUAUUCUACUACUACCAAAUCUUCCCUGCCCAGUCUCAAGAUGUUGGAGACUCAGCGGCAUCUCCUUCAAGCGUAUGAAUAUCUAUGUCACGUUGGAGAAGCCAAGCAAUGGCUGGAGGCCAGGCUUUCAGUCACGGAGCUUGAACAAACCCUUCGAGACGGCGUUAUCUUAGCUCGACUUGCACGUCGAUUCCUUGGACAUCAAGCCGUUCCCAGGAUUUUCAUAAACCCCAAACUUCAAUAUCGACAUUCCGACAACAUCAAUUAUUUCUUCAGGUUCGUCCGUCACGUCGGUUUACCCGAGCUUUUUAUCUUUGAAUUAGUGGACCUCUACAAUGCGAAAAACUUACCAAAGGUUAUAUAUUGUAUCCAUGUCUUGUCUCAUUUAUUAGCCAAACGAGGAAUGGCCGCCCGCAUUGCCAACUUGGUGGGCAAAUUAGAAUUCUCCAACGAUCAACUCGAACAGACCAAUGCCGGUUUGGUUGGAAAGUCGAUGCCAAACUUUGGCAACAUCAAUAAAGAACUAGCGAAAGAAAUUAACGAGGAGCCUGAAGUUGAACUCGAAUCUGAGUCAGAACGGCAAGACAGGGAAUUGCUGGAACUCGAGCCAGAGAUCACUUGUCUUCAGGCACAGUGCCGUGCACACCUUGCUCGGGCUCGUUAUGAAAACCUUCAAUCAUCUCUUCAUCAAAAUAUCUCGAUCACUAUCGCCCUUCAAGCUGCUCGGGGACAUCUCACUCGACAGCGGAUCUCGAAAAUGUCACAUUUGCUCGAACGCCUCGAUUUUCUCUGGACUGGACUUCAGGCUCACGCACGUGGUGCACUCGUCCGGGCGCGUCACCAUCAACUUUGUGUUGCCGUCAAUCGAGUCAGCUCUGAAUUUGUCGGGCUGCAGGCUUUGGUCCGUGCCCGUGCAGUACGUCAGAAUGUUCGCGAGCGUCAAAAACACCUCGAAUCAAAUGACACCUCCUCGUCUGUCGCAAGCCUGCAAGCAAGGAUCCGUGGUCUUCUCAGUCGGAGACGCUUCUUUGAGCCUAUACAUCGUCUUGAUCAGUAUGAACACUCAAUCAUAGGCUUUCAGUCACACAUACGAGCGAGGCUCGUCCAACUUAGCCUUGCAGACCGCGUCACUCAUCUUUUAGCUGCCGAAGACGAUUUUGUCGGUCUGCAAGCUAUGGCCCGUGGUUUAUUGAGUAGACGUGCUCUUCUUGGACUUGUUAAGGAUCUACAGUCAGUUGAGGCCGAGGUAACUGGUUUUCAAGCUGUUUGUACCGCUGUACUUGUCAGACGUGCGCACGCCCAAAAGGCGAAAGCACUGCACAAGAUGGAAGUAAGAAGAGGUGUUGGAGGUUUACAAGCUUUUGUGAGAGCUGGAAUGGUUAGGAAGAAGAUUGAAAAUCAAAAGAAAGAAUUGGAUUUCGUCGCUCCUGAUGUGGUUGGCAUUCAAGCUCAGUGUAGAGGUGUCUUGGCUAGGGUCGAAUGGGGUACUUGGUUUGAACACAUUCGUAACAAUGGGGCUGAGGGUGCGAUCUAUCUGCAAAGACUCGCACGGGGUUUGUUGGUCCGUCGUCAAUUCUUUGAGCGACUGAUGCAUUAUCAUGAGCAUCUGCAGAAGGUAGUCAAAGUUCAGUCGGUCUUCCGGGCUCGUCAAGCCGCCACUCAAUAUAGACAUCUACAACGUAAUACGAAUGUGCCUAUGGCAGCCAUUAAGGCAUUCCUUCAUCUACUGAAUGAUUCAGAUGCAGAUUACGAAGAAGAGAUUACAUUAGCCGGUCUCAGAGCAACAGCUGUACGAGCCAUUCGUGAAAAUCAAGAAUUAGAAUCGCAUGUAGGAGAAUUGGAUACUAAGAUUGCGUUAUUAGUCAAAAAUAAGAUCUCACUUGAUGAACUACAGAGAGUGAGAGGUGGGAUGAAUGGUAGAAGGAGAGAGAUGGCAGGAAGGAAUUCGGUUCUGGCUGCUGCUAACGAUCCCUUCGCGGCUGUCAAUCUCUUGGACAAACAGGCAAGGAGGAAAUUGGAAUGCUAUCAACAAUUUUUCUAUUUGUUACAAACUAAACCAGAGUAUCUGGCUAGGUUGUUGUAUUUGAUCAAAGGCUGUGAGGAUAAAGUCAUCAAGGUCGUCGAAGGGGUUGUCUUGACGCUGUUUGGCUAUGCGCAUAUGAGACGUGAAGAAUUUCUGUUAUUGAAGUUAUUCCAGCGGUCGAUACACGAAGAGCUGGCUGGUGUCAAUAGUCUUUCCGAGUUUGUGAUGGGUGACUUCAUGUUUGUCAAACUGAUGGUCCAGUAUGGUAGAGGAACGAAGGAGAGGAAAUACUUGAAAGAUUUGCUCAGCCCAGUGAUUUGUGAAAUUGUUAAAGACGAUGAAUUGAACGUAGAAACAGACCCGAUCAAAAUUUAUAGGUCUGUCAUUAAUGAAGAAGAGACGCGAACAGGGAUACAAAGCUCGAGGCCACUGAAUGUGACAUUCAAUCAAGCUUUGGCCGAUCAGGAAACAUGUGCCCUGUUCAUCAAACAUCUUCAGUCGCUGAGGGCAUUGACAGACAGAUUUCUGUAUGCAAUCACGGAAUCCACAAAACGGAUGCCGUAUGGUAUCCGAUACAUUGCACGAGAAAUUUUCAGAGGCUUGCAAGUAAAAUUCGACUCUGAACCCGAAGAAGCGCUAGUGAAAGUGGUGCUUCAUAUGAUUUACUACCGAUACUUACAACCUGCCGUUGUUGCACCAGAAACAUAUGAUGUAGUCAAUUCAGUCAUUGGGCCAUUAGCUCGAAAAAACUUGUCAGAAGUAUCGAAGAUGUUGAAUCAGAUUUCAGUUGGAAGAUUGUUUUCGGAUGAGAAUCCUUACCUUGUGCCUCUGAAUGAGUACGUGGUUCACGCCAUGGAAAAAUUCUCGAAUUGGCUUUACGAUAUGAUCGAAGUUGAGGACGCAGAAGCUCAUUUUGCAGUAGAUGAGUAUCUCGAUCACACUGUCUCGACUAAACCGACAAUUUAUAUCUCUCCCAACGAGAUCUAUGCUAUGCAUUCUUUGAUCCUUGGGGAUUUGGAUAGGAUUGCACCAGCCCCUGAAGAUUCUUUGCGAGCGCUCUUAAUCGAGUUGGGAGGUGCUCCGAGUGCCGCUUCAGCUGAAUUGGAUCAGGCUCGUGCUGCGGAGAUCGCACUGAACCUCGAGAAUAAAUUGACGGUGAAUCAAGAUCCGGAAGCUGACAUCAAAGCGCUUUGGGUCAAAACAAAACGAUAUGUGUUAGCAAUGCUGAAAGUUCAACCUGGUACUACGCUCAUGAAUGCAUUCCUUGAGCCGGUGAAUGAGGAGCAUGAGGAUGAGUGGGCACGAAUCGUCAUGGAGGAAGUGGAGUGGGAAAAGAAUACGAGAGGUAGAAGAGCUUCAAGAAUGGUCGAAAGCAACCACCUUCGAUCGCUUAAUACUCUGGAGGAUGUACAUUCACUCUCAUUUCAGGAACUGAAAGCUAGAACACUGGAAAACGUAUUGCAAUUGGAGCAGCUGGGUAAGCUGUCGAGAGAGGACAACUACCAGGGAAUCUUGGAUUCUCUUGCAAAGGAUAUUCUACAACGCAAUCGAAGGCGGAUCCAACGUCGGGCCGAUAUGUCCAUGAUCACCAACACGCUUUCACACCUAGAGGAGAAGCAAAAGUAUCUAGAGGAGCAAGAAGGCCAGUAUAACUCUUAUAUAUCGGAUAGCAUGGCAGGAAUGCAGAAGAAGGGAUCAAAGAAAAAGUUUGUGAUGCCGUUCACACCUCAGUGGCAUCAUUUGAGAUCGUUGGAGAAGAAGGGUGGAAGGAAACCUGCUUUUGGGUCAUACAAGUAUUCGGCCCAGCGAUUAUACGAGAAGGGAAUUUUACUAUCCAUUGAUCAAUUUUCGCCCAAGCAAUUCGACAAGGUUUCAUUGAUCAUCAGCUGUGAUGAAGUGGGUGUAUUUAAAUUGGAAGCGCAAUAUUUAGAUGAGCCUGUUCGAAAUGGAUCGGUACAACUAAGGAUGGAAGACUUGUUGGAAGAUCAAUUCUCAGGGAAACAAAGUGUCAAAUUGGAGGUUGCAAAAUUGAAUUUGAAUCUCCUGUUAUAUUUGAUCAAGUUGAGCAUUUUCACUAGCCUUUCUUUCAAAGCUGAUGAGGUUUGCUGA